CAACCAUUAUGGCAUCUCCCUCGGUGACCAGCCCAUUGCGGCUGCUUGUUUUUGGUGUGCCUUUCAAGAUGCUGCUCGAGUUUUGCUUUCGCGAUUUCAGCUCCGUUGUGACCAGCCCCAAAGGUGGGGUCUCGACUUAGGUCCGUCCGUGACUCUUGAAAGUGUUGUUGACAAACGACGUCAGCGACGCUGGUUCCAAUUAGCAACUUUAUAGACAGACCCCCUGAAUUGAACUUGUGAUAUCUCGAAUACUUUCAGACCAGACUACCUCGAAAAAAAAAAAGCUUAUCUCGUCACAAUGCCGCUCGACUUCCUGGCAACGGAGCUGCUGCUCCAUAUAUUCUGCUCUUGUAGCACACUAUCAGACGUACUGAACCUGUCUUCGACCUGCCGACGAUUUCGUCACGUUUACAAUCGAUCCAACAAAUUGCCCAUCCUCGCCGAGAUUGCCGAAGUUGAAUUUGGCCCUUUGGAUGAGAUCAUCCAGAUCGUAACGCAAAAUACCAGCCAACCAGCCCACAUAUUCCGAUGUGCUCCCAUGUCCGAUUCCCUUUUCAAACAAAUUGUUCCAAUUGGGCGUGUUGCGCAAAAAUGGGAGGCUAUCUACCCCGUCAAGAAAUGGAAGGCCGAUUACGAAAACCGGCGCUCUCUGACCGAUGACGAGCGUUUCCGGCUUCGCCGUGCUGUCUAUCGCUUUUGGCUCUAUCACCGCGCAUUCCACACACGGCUGCAUGAUCGCUUUAGCCGCACCCUGCGCCAUGUUGUCACCGAGCGUGCCCAGAUUCUGCAUAACUGGUCUACCGCAGAACUGGCCGAGAUCGAGGACCUGCGGAUCGUCAUCUCUGAUGUUGUGCAGCACCAUGUGUGCCCGAGCAAUGGGACCAUCCAACGCAAAUUUCGCAAGCGUUAUCCGGAAAGCAACCAUCAGUUGACAUUCAACAUCCACCUCAACUACCCUGCCAGCAGCUCGUCUUUCGACGUCUUCGACGGGAGACCCAAUGCCCUUGACCAAUACUUCCAUACUACCCACCCGGGCAAUUUCGCCGAAUCAUCUGCGAGAUACCGAUCCAAGUUCCGAAAUGACUUUUACCACGACCCGGGAUUUGAAGGCUGGGGUGAUGAGAUCCCGCACUACUACGUUGUGCAGGACAUGAUGAAGCUUGACCCGGGCCAAAUCCUGUGGCUUCGUGAGCAUGCACCUUUGAAGGAACAGGUGGAAGCGUAUGUCCAUUCCUUGGGGGAGUGGUUCUGUAACAAUGGCGAGACGUUCGGAGAAACCGCGGAGUGGGUGAUGAACGAGAGAGGCGAGGACGUCGAAGAGUUCCGAGCCUCCAUUGCAGAUCGAGAGCUUGGAAUUGUAUGGGAUUAGUUGUUCCACGACUCCAAGGUUUCGGAAUAAGACUUGUGCUCUUCUCGUCAGAGCUCGCUAAGCUCAGACUAUUGAAUUAUAUCUCUCGUGGCGAUGAACCUAGUGGCGGUUAUCUGUCAACAUCAACGCUUUGAUCGAUUUGAGGACCGUCGAGUAAACUCUACCGAUAGGAUAGAUAGAGUCUAAUUUGAGGAAUGGCAAUAUAACAAUAUACUCGGCUCG